CGCAUUCACCGUGUCGCCCGAGUGGUGGAAGGAGAAGCCGAGCACACAACCCAGCAUCAUCACCAUAUAAAACACCACAACAAGCCUUCCAGAAUAAAGAAAAAAGUCUUCGUUUUCCACCGCCCCCUUCCCUCUUCCCCCGAUCUGACCCAAACCCAACAUGCCUUCUCAAAUCCGACCACCUCCGUCGCCGCCGCCGCUUCUUCCUCUUCCCAUCCCUCUCCUUUUCCUUGUCCUGCUAUUCUCCAUCGCCGGCGUUAGCUUCGCAUCCGAUUACGCUUGCCAGGAACGCUCAACAACAUGUGGCGACGUCACCGACAUCACCUACCCGUUCUGGCUCGCUAAUGAUCCAGCUGAGCUUUUCACCCACUGCGGCUACCCAGAGUUCAUGGUGAUUUGCCGAAACGACACUCCGAUUCUCAGACUUGCCACCGAUAACUACACGGUCAUCCACAUCGACCACGACCGCCGUAUCAUCUCCCUCGCCGACGCCGACAUCGUCGGCAGUGCGGAUGCCUGUCCCAGAGUCCGCCACAACCUCACCUUUCCUCCCGAUUCCUCUCUGGCCUACGCUCCCUCCGACGCCAAUCUCACCUUCUACUUCAACUGCAACGUCAACCUCACCGAAUACAUAAGUCCCUGCCUUGGAAAGAAAUCUUUUGUUCUCACAGACGAGAUGAUCGACAACAAUUCCUUCGUUCCUCACAACUGCGAAGCCGUCAUCGUGGCUCCGGUCCGGCAGGAAUAUCUGAAGUCUUAUCAGUAUGAACUCGCGCACGGGUUCAGAGAGGCGUUGCACGAAGGAUUCGAGUUGAACUGGUCGGUGUCCACCAACGACACCUGCAGCCAAUGCGAGCAAACCGGUGGGUGGUGUGGGUUGAACAUGACCAGCAGUAGGACUUUGGUUUCCGCCUGCUUCUGCUCCGACGGAAGAAUAGCAUCGCACAAUUGUUCAAGUGCUGCAGGAAAGGGCAAGAAGAGUACAAUGAAACAUGGAAUUAUAAUAGGUAUUGCAGCAUCAGCUGGUUUCUUCCUCCUACUUUGUUUUGGCUUUAUCCACUACAGGCACAAGAAGAAGCAAGGGACAGUCGCUGGUCUUACACUUGGAUGCUUCGCUCUGCUAUGCCUAUUCCUUUGUGUCUAUAUUCUACGUUCCAGAAAACACCAUGAAAAGAAUGAGACGGGUGUUGAAGGCUUCCUACUUCGACAUGGUUCCUUAGUCCCAAAGAGAUACAAGUACUCAGAAAUAAAGAGAAUGACCAGUUCCUUCAGUAACAAACUAGGGCAAGGUGGAUACGGUACCGUGUUCAAGGGGACUCUCAAAGAUGGUCAUCUGGUGGCGGUGAAGGUCCUAAGCGAAACCAAAGGCAACGGAGAAGAAUUCAUCAAUGAGGUAGCCAGCAUCAGUAGAACAUCCCACGUUAACAUUGUGAGUCUUCUAGGGUUUUGCUUACAGGGACCAAAGAGGGCUUUGGUGUAUGACUUCAUGCCAAAUGGGUCCUUGGAGCAGUUCAUUUAUGCCGAUAAAUCGAAAACUGAGACACAAAACCUAGGGUGGGAGAAAUUAUACGAGAUCGCCGUCGGUGUUGCCCGAGGCUUAGAAUAUUUGCACCGGGGAUGCAACACCCGCAUCGUGCAUUUUGAUAUCAAGCCCCACAACAUCCUACUGGACCAAGAUUUCCAUCCCAAGAUUUCUGAUUUCGGACUUGCCAAGAUAUGCCCUCCCAAAGUGAGCGUCAUUUCAAUGGCGGCUGCAAGGGGGACUUUUGGGUACAUUGCUCCGGAAGUGGUCACUAGGAGCAUCGGAGCUGUAUCCAGCAAGUCUGAUGUUUAUAGCUAUGGCAUGAUGCUGCUUGAGAUGGCUGGAGGAAGGAAGAACUUGGAUGCAGGAGUGGAAAAUACUAGUGAGAUAUAUUUUCCACAUUGGAUCUAUGACAAUCUUAACAAGUACUGUGAGGUGGGCAUUUCUGGGUUGACCAGUGAAACAGGAGAGGUUGCGAGAAAGAUGAUAAUGGUUGGAUUAUGGUGUAUACAGCUAAAUCCUGCCGAUAGACCUUCGAUGAGCAAGGUUUUGGAAAUGUGGGAAGGAAGCAGUGGAAAAUUGGAAAUGCCACCAAGGCCAUAACACACUUCUCUUAAGGUUAUUAGCUGGACAAAAUAAUUGUACAAGAUGAAUCAGAUUUUGUUGAUUCAUGGUUGCCAUGUAAGUGUCUACAAGACAAAUGCUCAAUUACGAACACUCAUCAUUUCAUUCA